GGCCGAAUAUUCAAAAAGGUUUCAAUCUUGGUUGUCUUUCGAUAUUUCCGAUGCCCUCACUCUCGAGUCUUUAGCUCCCAACGAAUCGCUACUUAUUCAACGAACUCACAUCGUUCUCUUCACCACGCUCUCCGCAUUGGCGCUUUCUCUCGCACAUAGAUCUCUAUUCUUCACUGUGAGAUUUCAAUUAUUGGAGAUGGCAACAGCGGCUUCUGGCCUGCAAAUUGCAGCAGUGAGACCCUCCUUUUCUUCUUCUCGUAGACUUUUCAAGGCAGGUGCUGCAAUUCUUGGUGAUAAUUGCAAGGCAGCAUUAUGGAAUAAGCUUACGAGUUCAUGCCAUAUGUCAUCUGUAAUACCUUUACAGCGGAGUUUUACAUCAUCCUCCAUUCAAUUUGAUAAGUUUUUAACUAAAGCAAUGUCUGAAGCUAGUGAUAACAAGCCAGCCUCAGGUUUACCAAUUGAUUUGAGAGGUAAGAGGGCAUUUAUUGCUGGUGUAGCUGAUGACAAUGGAUAUGGUUGGGCAAUAGCAAAAUCCCUUGCAGCUGCGGGUGCUGAAAUUCUGGUGGGCACAUGGGUGCCUGCUUUGAACAUUUUUGAAUCCAGCCUGCGACGUGGAAAGUUUGAUGAGUCACGCGUGUUGCCAGAUGGCUCUUUGAUGGAGAUUACUAAAGUAUAUCCUUUAGAUGCAGUCUUCGACAACCUUGAGGAUGUACCUGAAGAUGUAAAAGCAAACAAACGUUAUGCAGGAUCUAGUAAUUGGACUGUUGAGGAAGUUGCUGAGUCUGUGAAGAAGGAUUUUGGCAGCAUCGACAUACUUGUUCACUCACUUGCAAAUGGGCCAGAGGUCACUAAGCCUCUGUUGGAGACAUCCAGGAAAGGAUAUCUAGCAGCUUUAUCUGCAUCAAGUUACUCCUAUGUUUCUUUGCUGAAGCAUUUCGUUCCAAUAAUGAAUCCAGGGGGUUCUUCUAUUUCUCUUACAUAUAUUGCUUCUGAGAGGAUUAUUCCUGGAUAUGGUGGAGGCAUGAGUUCUGCAAAAGCUGCUCUGGAAAGUGACACACGAGUGCUUGCUUUUGAAGCGGGCAGAAAAUACAAAAUCAGAGUCAACACAAUAUCUGCUGGUCCACUAAGGAGCCGUGCGGCAAAAGCAAUUGGAUUUAUUGAUAUGAUGAUUGACUAUUCACUAGCUAAUGCACCUCUGCAAAAGGAACUAUCUGCAGAGGAAGUGGGGAACACAGCUGCCUUCCUAGCAUCACCUUUGGCAUCUGCUAUCACCGGCGCUGUCAUAUAUGUUGACAAUGGCCUGAACGCAAUGGGUGUGGGAGUGGACAGUCCAAUAUUUGAGGAACUUGACAUUCCAAAAGAUAAGCACUAGAGUUUGCUGCUCCUUUUUUCCUCACCCGGCUUCAUCCUUAGAAUGGGUUGGCCACGGCCCCAUUUUGUUGAGAAUUUUUCUUUGCCUUCUUCGGGACGGUGAUAUUAUUUCUAGUAAUAACUCUGAGUGAAAUUGAUUUGAAGCUUAAACAUGUGUUAAAGCUGCUGCUGCUAGGAUCUAGAUGUGUGCUUAGUAAUUUAGAUUAGAUUUUUAGGGUGAGGUCCUUGUUUUCAUGUCCUGCAUUUAGUAUUCAUCUAUGCGCCUACCAAGAUCAUAGGCAGGUACCGUGCUUGAGGUGAUCAAAUUACCCUUGCAGAUGAAUUCAUGAGACAUAUAAUGCUAGUUUUGUUAUGUCCCAGAAUAAUCAAAACAUCAGGAGCCUAUUUUAUUUUUU